AUGGCGCCAGCAACGACUGUUCAAAAGCGAAUAGGCCCGAUCAAAUCGGAGCGCAACCGAGCUGCUGUCAAUGAUCUUGCUUUAAGUGGACCAGCAUCAUCAACUAGCUCUGCUUUCCACAAGAAACGCUCCCAAGGCAAAACUCACAACGCCACGGCCUCGAGCAGCAGUCACGGGCGCAGGCUUGACAGACAUGAACCACUCGUACAAGGACCUAGCACUAAGCAAAAAGACAACAAAGCUGUUGCUGAUGCUUCCAAUCAGACUGAUGACGACAGCAAGGGUGACAACGACAACAACAACGAAGAUGAUAAAGAUGUCGACGACAUCCGCUCGAAGACAUCCCUAUCUCUAGCUGGGCAUCAGCUUCCACCUCUCGCCGCUUUAGUCGAUACGCUGGCACAAUUUAGCUACCUUCAACGGCUUGACCUGUCUUCGAUCGAGCCUUCAGACACCUUGCCAAAGGGUCUUUGCAAAUUGACCUGGCUCGCCAAAGCCAUCUUCCAAAGCAAAGCACUGGCCAAAGGAAAAGAUGGAGCGCUCGGCGACCAUCUCACAUGGUUAAAUCUAGCCUCGAAUGCCAAUCUCACCUCGGAUGGCUGUAUAGGACUCGAGGCACUAGAAGAGCUCUGCGUCCUCACACUCUCGCAUUGUGCACUCACUGCUGUCCCGCCGUCGAUCACACCUCUCCGCAAGCUCAAAGCACUCGUGCUCAACAACAACGCCAUCACCAGUGUACCUGCCGCCUUUCCGUACCUACCUGAGCUUAACUCACUUAUUCUUUCUCACAACGAAAUCCGUUCCCUCCCCGCAUCUAUGCCUGCAUCACUUCCAGCACUCAAAAAGCUCUCGUUCGGACACAACAAGCUCUCGGGCAGCCAGAGUCUUCCGGACUUUUCCCUCUGCUUAGCUUUGAGAGAGGUGCGGCUGAACGACAAUCCCGAUCUCAAAUGCCUUCCGUCGCAUGUUAGAAAUUGGGGCAAAGGUGCAGAUGGCAAAACGGCACCAGGGUUGGAGCUGCUCGAGUUAAAAGACUGCGGCUUGGACACGUGGGAAUCAUUGUCGACAUUGGCAGAGGCCGUAGAUGAAAAGGAGUCGCAACCGAGGCUGAGACGAAAGGGCCUGACACAGCUUCUCUUGAAGGGCAAUGGUGUGGCGAACGAUAUGGGGUAUAAGGAGAGAAUUUUGCGGGUGCAUCCAACGUUGCGCGUGCUGGACAACGAAAGGUUGCAGCCAAGGGCUCGACCUGCCGAAAAGGAUGACGAUGAGGGCGUUCCGGCUCGUAGGAAGCAAAAGCAGCAAAGCAUUCAACGAGGCAGACGCGACUUCGAAGAGCUUGAUAGUACUGGGGAUGAGUCAGAUGACGAUGAGGCUGCUCAGAUGGCAGCAGAGAUGCGUGCUCUCCGCCGCGGUAAGCCCUCGAUAAGGAUCAGCGCUAGCAAAGGUCGCAAGGAAUCGCCCAAAGAGGGCGAUGAUGACGAGGACGACGAUGACGAGGCAGCACAGAUGGCCGCCGAGAUGCGAGCGCUCCGUCGAGGUCAACAAGCUCCACGCCGUCUUGAAACAAAAGAGGAUGCGUCCAAUUUUAAGACCAAAGGCAAGCCGCAGAAGAAGACUCUUGAAGCCAACUCAGAAGCAGCGGACCGUACGAAAGCCAAACAUAAACGAGGCACACGCUCAGGCAAGAAGGUCAACAAAUCUGAAACUUCCUCCGACAAGCUCAAAGACGCCAAGAUAACCACCGAUCGAUCUGACCGCGGCAGCUUCUUCGAAGCAGUGGAUGAAGCCGAAGAAAAGAUGCGCCUUGCACCCAUACACGAGCUCUCCAAGCAGCGCGCCAAGAUCGCCUCGGGCCGGACCCAAGUUGCAGAGGGAGUACUCGAAGAUGCUACCUCGGGACUCUCCAAGGCCAGACAGAAGGAGAGUAAAACUCAGACAGAGUUAGAUACGUUCGACGAUAGCGCGCCAGAACCUAUCAAAGGUGUACCCGCAAAAGGGCAGGGAAAAAAGCAGAAGCAAAAGGAAGACGGGAAGAGUGAGGACAAAAAGGUCAACACGAGCGUCGCUGCGAUCGUUGAUCUGCGUAAACAGACCAAGUCCCAGAAGGAUGGUGACAAAGUGAAGAAGCGGAAGGCGUACGAGCCAGAGAGGGAGAACGGUGAGAGGAAGAAGGUCAGAGCCAGUCUGCCGUUUGUCACAACAGCAUCGAGUGUGGGAGAGGUUGGGAAGAGUACAAUGACGGACUCGUUUGGAUCGGGUGCGGAUGCGUGGGGUGCUGGCGGUGCUUGGGCGUAG